ACCUCAAUGAGUGAGUGAGAGAACGUCAGUGAAGAUUGAGGAAGAAUGCACCGAGUGGUGUGUCUAUAAAUAAAUAUCUUGUUUAUCGCCAAAUAAAUCUUCUGGUUUUUCAUUCCUGUGAUUGUUCCCAUCAGACAAAAUCUGAACAUAUUUUAUUGAUAUCUAUUGUCUGGGUGUACUCCCAGCCCACACCGGUGGGAUUCUCCGUGUCGCACAAAAGACAGACAAUGCAGUAAAAGGAGCGUAAAUUCUAUAAUUGCAAUGCUAUGACUUUGUGCAAAUAUUCAGUAGACGACAUAAAGGAAUAAUUAAAAGGACCUUUCUCCCCGAAGAGAACGCGUCUUGGAUAUUUUUCCUCCGAAACUCGUCCGGGCGCACGCAAAGAAAUGGAGCGGGAUAGUACUCACCAUGAUGAUGCUGAGUCUGCUGUAGACAUUAGGAGCACAUACGAACCCCUCGGUGGCUCCCGGCGCCAUUAUGAGCCAUCAGAAAGUCCAGAUACAGACACAAACCCGCCCAAGGAUAGAAAACACAUUGUGUACUUGGCUCUCCUCACGGCUGGAAUAGGAUUUGUCCUUCCCUACAAUAGCUUUAUCAUUGCAGCCGAUUAUUGGAAACAGAGAUUCCCGGACGAAAAUGUGCCCCUCCAUAUGAGCAUGACGUAUGUCGUAGUCGCUUUUGCCACUGUGCUACUGAACAAUGUCUUUCUCUCACUGGUCCCCUUCAAGAUUCGCAUUCACUUUGGAUAUGCGAUCUCCUUCACAACCCUUGUUUUCGUGGCUCUGUGUGAAGUAGCCUGGCACAUGUUUGCUGCCAAAACUGCAUAUUCUGUGACUCUGGCAGCAGUGUCUCUUGUGGCUAUUGGAUGUACUGUACAGCAAUCCAGCUUCUACGGAUUUGCUAGUAUGCUGCCGAAGCAGUAUACUCAAGCAGUAAUGGCUGGAGAGAGUUUGGCGGGAUUCCUGGUGUCAUCCAAUCGUGUGGUGACGAAGCUCCUGAUAGAGAACAAUCGCUUGUCCACUAUGAUCUUUUUCCUCACAUCGAGUGUGUACAUUGGGAUUAGUUAUGUCCUGCACACAGUCACUGUGCACUCGCCUUUUGUGCGCUACCAUAUCAAGGCGUGUGCCAAGAUUGUCUUACAGCCCUAUGAAGGCCGACCUACAGACUCAAUAGAUGGAGGAGAUUCAACAAAAUAUGGUGUCCUAACACUAGAUCCUAGUUCACCAACUCAGCCACCCAAGGCAUUGAGCUUUAGUAAUCCGGUGUACGAACUCUCAAAUCCGACAGCUGGCGAGAAUAGUUUGGACGCUGCACUUUCAGAUGGUGGAUCUCCAGAUCGACCACCAGUCACAACUGAGCCCAGUGUGGCUUAUAAAGUAGAACAUGUGCUCACUCCCGGAUCCUGCAGUCGAGGUCGCCUUGGAAAUUUACGUGGUGGUUUCGAGGCUCGUUGGCGAGUAGCCCAUGCCAUCUAUCCCUACAUGGUGUGCAUUGCAUUGGCUUACUGUGUGACUCUGUCCUUGUAUCCAGGAAUUGAGGUCCAAAUUGACUCUUGUGCUCUGGGUUCAUGGAUGCCAGUUUUGCUGAUGUUUACCUUCAAUACGGCUGAUGUGUUGGGAAAAAUACUUGCCGCUGUUCCGUAUGCCUGGUCUCGACGCCAAUUAACACUGAUGUCGGGAUUACGUACUCUCCUGGUGCCACUUCUGCUACUCUGCUGCACUCCGCGUGAGAGACCUGUUGUGAGUGGUGAAACCCCGGCAUUCUUCUUCACAGCUGCUUUGGGGAUUUCCAAUGGAUUGGCUGGCAGUCUGCCCAUGAUCUUGGCACCAGCCAAAGUACCAGCAACUCUUAAAGAAGUUAGCGGAAAUAUGAUGACCCUAUCCUACCAAGUAGGUCUCACAGCUGGAUCCUUGCUUGGAUUUAUGUUUAACAAAAUUCUAAGGCUCGAGGGUCCCAAUCCAUGUCCUACCUAUCCUUACAUUCCGUCGUCGCCUGUGAUAAAUACCACAACUAUGGCCACUACGACCAGCUCCACGAGUACCCUCCUAACAACAGCUGUGCUAAAUACCACGCAAAAGAUCUUAAGCACAGUUCCAGCCAACACAACACUGGCUGAUCUUCUUCCUGAUGAUAUGCCACCCAUCUUUUCUAUCGCUUCCACAGCAUUCUACAAUUCUACAAUGCUUCUCAAUAACACAUCUUACGAACUCAGUGAUAUUACCAACUGAGCUCACAUAAAUCUCUAUACAUAUUCUCCUCCUUAUCCCUAAUCCUUAUUUCAGGUCCAGAAAGCGCAAUAAUGUUGCUGAGAAACAUAUCAAAGUGCAAUGCAUUUCUGGGUACCUGAAUCUUCAAUACCUUCUAAUACCCUAACAAAAAUACUCUGUAAAGAUCAUUGCUAUACAUAUAUUGUAAUGAAAUUAUUUAUAUACACGUAUGGAUAUAGUGUUAAGUGGUGAGAUUUAAAUGCAUUUAAUGCAUUUUUGGGGCAAAAUUUCGGCUAUACUGCAGUAUAUAAGAACAAUUUAUUUGUUGUGCGAAUUCUUUAUUAAUUUUUAGGAGGGCUAAAUUUAAAAUAAUUUGAGGAUUAUAAUAAUUUGGAGGACUAUCCUUCGUUUUCGAAAGCAAAUAAUCAAGAGUUUUCUAAAAAAAAAGAAGCAAAUCGCGAAAAAUCCCAUUUUAAUUUAAAUUUUUAUGAAUUUGAACUUUUUGAAAAAUCACUAAAAUCCUUUACUCAGGCUCUUUGAUAAAAAAUUACUUAAAAAUUGUUCUUUAAGGAAAUUCUGCUGUUUGACCAAUUAAGGAAAUUCUGCUCUUGGUGGAAAUUGCAAAAGAAAUGUUCUUAUGUCAAAAAAUGUCCUUAGACUUUACUAAAUCGGCAAAAGUAUGUGGUUAGGAUAGCUCUGUUUUCAUUAGAUUUUUUUUAAAUGAAUAUUGGCUUAUUUUAAUUUUUUUAAGGAAAACGUAUCGAUGCAAUAUUGCUUUGAAAUUUUGGAUUUUUUAUAAGCUUUCUUGAGCUUUCAUGGUAGGAAAAUUACGUGAAAAUACGAAUCAAAAAUUUGUGAAAAAUGUACGGAUUGAUGUGUUUCAAAAUCUCACUAUAACCCUUUAACGACGAGACAGUUUUCGCUGACCGAAAAUCAGCAAUAAAAAUGAAACCGAUAAACAGAACUUGUAAAACGUUUUACAUGUAAACUUCGAAAAGCAAAGAGAGUCUGAUUUGGUGUAUUUUUUGUCUCUAUGAACGAUAAGGACAAAAAUAGCCCAAAAAUUUAAGUAAUUUUUCUGACAAUACAAAUGACUGAUAAUAAUUUUCACUCUAACGAAAAAUUUUAUGUUUGAAUAUUGUAGUUUCCUUUUCCAAAACGGUUUUGCUUAAAAAAAAACUGGAAGAAUAAAAAAUAUUUAAAAUUAAUUUUCAAUAUGAGAAUUUAAAAAUUCGUCAUUUUUGAGCUUAAAUAUUUAUCAUAUAUAGCAAAUAGGUGGAGACUUGCAAAAAAUAUCCUAGAUUCAUUCAACCUUCUACUUUGCAAUUACAUAUAAAUACAAGAAAAAAAAUAACUUUAGGUAGUCAGGAAAAAUUAUUUUCUUUAUGGGAUACCGGUGUUCCAAUCGUCCUUAAAGGGUUAAAUCCAAUUUGGAUGAGCUUGACAUAUUUUGUUAACUAAAAGCUUACUAAAGCCAGUCGAGAAGACUUUUAGAUGACGAAAAUCCAAGAAUAUUUUUCCUGCAGUUCUUUUUUUUUUUCAAAAAUUUGCCAAAAAACUUGUCCCUAAAAGCUCUUCUAAGACAACAUUGCUUUGUCUUAAGAACAAUUGAUCAAAAUCUUCCACGAAAUCCUUCAAAAAAGCCAUUUUUUCGUUUUUAAUAUUAGAUUUUGUGCAGUUUCUUUUAAAAUAUAUUAUCAUUUCAUUAAUUCAUUUUUAAUCCAAAUCACUGAGAAAAAUCCGAAAAAGUUAAAAUAACAUUCCGGAAAUGUUUAUUUUACCCUGCAGAAUUGAUCCGAAAUCGGUGUAAAUAUUACCCUUUUUAGGUGUAUUAGGGGUUAAAGUUACCCUUUUUUAUGCUAAUUUUACCCUUAAAAAGGUGUAAAAUUAACAUUAAAAAAUGUUGAUAUAUUUUUACACCUAAAAAGUGUCAAAGUUAGGAGGAAAAAAAGUUAAUCGCACCCCCGUUGUUUCUCAGUAAAUUGAAUGAUUUUGGGUUUUUUAAAAACCUCAUAAGACCCGCUCAAUAAAAGAUCUUCUAAAAGUCAGUAAAGACCCUUUUUUCGGUGAAAAUGCCCUUAGGGCCUAUAUAGUUCUUUAAAUUAAUUGUCGCUACGCCCUUGAUAAACACUAAUACACUAUUCUUUCUUUAAUAAAUAAUUUCAAAAUAUUCUUUUACCAAUUGUUACCAUUCUGAUGCUUCUGCUUUAAAUAAAAAAAAUGCCUUUCCUUGAGCUUCAAAUAGAUUAAAGCUGAUCCCUGUGAAUAUAAGGUAAAGUGCCUUCGGGUCGACCGGUUCCUCGACUCGACCGGUGGUCAAUAUUUGAAUGUUUUAAUGAUGAAUUUCUAUAAAAUUGUCACUGAUUCGUAUUUAUUUAUGAAGUAAUUGACCAUCAUACGCCAAAUAUUAGUGCAAAUAUAAAUAAAUUGAAUAAAUAACUCUACCGGUCGAAUUGAGGAACCGGUCGACUUGAGGGCACUUUACCUUAUUAUCCGCAAAAUGCGGUAAAGUAAAGGAAAUUAAUGCAAAAGAACUAUAAUUAAUUUUUUUAAACUCUCAGUGUAUGAUAAUUUGAGAUGAUCCUUUAUUGCUAUAUUUUAUGGUAUAUAUUCUCGAGGAUCAGCCUAGGUUUAUUUGAAGUUUUAGGUUUCACGGAUAUCGAGAAUAUCAUAAUUUAUGGAAAGCUUUCAUUUUUACAAAAACACUGCUCUAUCUUUGACUUAUUAGAGCAAUAAAAUCUCAAGAAAGCUCUUACACAAUUAUUCUUUGUAUUAUUUCUAUUUUAUGCUAAGAUUUAUUAAAAAAAAAGUAUUGAAAGUAAUGUUUUAUGAGCUAAUGUUCUAAAUUAAUUAAUUUUAUUUUGAUUUUCUGUAUGACAACACGAUGGAGUUACAUCAGCGCCUGGCAAGUUGGCCUUUUUAUAUAGAGCUAUUUGAAGCCAAUUCCUAAAUUGAUCUCGGACUCAGCUCACAGUGCUCCAAGGAAAAAAUUUAUUUAAACAAAAAUUUAGUAUAUUUAUCCCUCCAUAUGGAAAGGUAUCUUAUAAUACAGAAAAACUUCUCACUUUUUAAAUAUUCAUCAUAACGAUCACGAGUGCAGAAAAAUUUCCAUACGCUUUUGUAUGUGAAAAUAAGAAAUUGGCUUCAACUUUGAAGGCCACUCGCCGGGGACUAGGGUUACAUGGGUUCAUAGGUUCUUUACAGCCAACAUCAUCUUAUCUUCUCUCCCUCGCCUAAAGCAUCCUAAUAAAGUUGGAAAACAAAGAAUAUUGUUCUUAUAAACUGCAGUGGUACUAAAAUAUCUUGUAAUGAUGGUUAAAAGUGAGUCUAUCAAUUAUCUCUCAAAUGUAGCUAAUACUCCCUGAUAUUGAUCAUAAAAUAUAAUGGAAGUAUUUUGGAGAUUCA